GUUCUCGUUGAUGCCGUUAAGAACGGUGGUCCCCGUGAAGACUCUACCCGUAUCGGUUCCGCUGGUGUCGUCCGUCGUCAGGCCGUCGAUGUCUCGCCCCUCCGUAGGGUCAACCAGGCCAUCUAUCUCAUCACCUCCGGCGCCCGUAACUCCGCCUUCCGUAACAUCAAGUCGGUCUCCGAGUGCUUGGCUGAUGAGAUCAUGAACUGCGCCAAGGAAUCCUCCAACUCCUUCGCCAUCAAGAAGAAGGAUGAGAUCGAGCGCAUUGCCAAGGCUAACCGAUGA